CCUGUUGCAGGAAAAACAAUACACGGGCAAAGGUCUGCAGGAUCGUCUAGCCGUUGACUCGCUGAGACUAAAUCAGAAGACACGCGAGCCUGCGAAAGCCGUUUAGCUCCGGUCGAUCUAUGCAACCUCAUUGGCAGUGCUAGCCGCGCUACUUGAGGCUGAGAGCUGAGCACAGCUUCAGAUAUCCAGGCAGCCGUCUGCCUUUCUCAAACCAGUCCAGACUAUUUCAACCAGAGUCUCCGCUCGAGCACUGUCGCAGUAUUCUAGUCCUGUGCUCUUUUCGCUUUCACCUGGCCUCUCUCUUGGUGGUUAUCUGCAGCACAUAUUCGAGCUUACAACAUCAAUCUCCGCCCGAGCUUACGCCAUGGCGCUUACAAUCCCCAAAAUCUUACUGAUUCUCUUGUCCAUCGCUGGAUUUUGGACGCUUUGGGCGUUCCCCUACCAGAAUGGACUCCUCAAAAUCUUGAGUCAGCAAAGUGAGCCAGGCGCCGUCAUCCCAGGCCCUACCGCGGCUCCAAUGAAGCAAACGUACACUGGCAUCGGUCCCGUGGACAAGCAAUUGACGGUACUGGUCAGUUUCUUUUAUACGGCAAUUGAUGGGAACCGAGCGGACGUGUCGCUCUCUUUUCUUUACCUUGGCGGCCAAGUCCUUGCAGCCUGGGUUCUGAUAACCAUUGAGAGUCUGAGGAAAGGAAAUCAAGGCAAAUUCAUUCUCACCGCUACCACCUUAUUCGGUGUCGGCGUGGCCAUCGUCGGCUAUGCUUGUGUAGCCCCAUUAUGGUUCGCACUUCACCUUUGGCUCUCACCGACGGUGAAGGAUCCGAAAGACUAUCAACUGAUUGUUGAUGUGCCUGUUAAGCUCGCCAUUGCUCCGAUCAGCAUCCUCCUUGGAUUUGGGCUGCCAUCUCUCCUCAUGUGUCUGCCCGCUCCGACCACUGUAUCAUUUGGGACCAAGCAGACAUGGACUGGCAUCCAGCAGGGAUGGGCCAUUUGGAUUGGGCUUGCCCAAUUCGCCUUGACUGUUGUCGCGUUAUCUUUGGACCAGAGAGCAUCGAUACUCACUGAGGCGGACAAGAGAGCUAAGACCAUCAAAUAUCUGCGCCGAGCAUAUGCUUUUGCAAUCAUGUGUUCUGCCGGCUCACACUUGGCUGCAUGGAGUUUGUCACUUCUAGCAUAUGCUUUUCCGGUUCUGUUCAGCUCGACCUAUCUGCCACAGCUGCAACCGACACGUAUUUUCGUGCCCGAGGUGCCAUUUGGGUCACACAAGGUAUCCACUCUUGCAGAUGGUGCUCUUCCGUUUCUGCAGUGGGACAUCGUGGUAGGUGUCACCGCGACGCUGCUUUGGGGUCUGACCCUGCGUGUGGCUGCCAAGCAUGAACAGACAUCGCCAUUCCAGAUCCUUGCUGUGGCGGCCAAGCUCGGCAUAGUCGCUAUUGCUCUAGGUCCUUGUGCGGCCGCUGCUGUGGCACUCUGGAUUCGUGACGAGCUGGUUUUCAAGAAACAACGGACCAGCUGAUUGGUGUCUCUGGUCCUUUCGAUACCCUCGAAGAGACGAGACAUAACAGACACUGGCACACCGACUUCUCUGCACUGGAACAAGGACACUAGGGUGCGGGUCAAGUAUCGACGCGAAGUAAAUGUGGAAUGAAAGAUGGAUGUUGUGUGCACCAUACAGAAUGGACAGCUUGAUUCAGAUUGGCUGGUAUCGAGGAUGAUUUGGAGGUUAGCAUGGGUUCGGAUUUUAUCAAAAGUACAUGUAAGAAGAAACUGGAGGGACCGCAUAUGGAGUUUGCCAGUCUUAUAUGCGCGGAAUGACUAUACCCCAGAUCUGCGAAGUUUAGCGUGACAGGGACCUAGCAAAGUAAGUAGGUCCGUAGUCCGUAGUUCACUGAUUGUUAUUCGCGCGUUCUGAAUUGAUCGCCGUGGAGACCAACGAUAAGUAC